AUGCCGUAUUGCGAGGUCGUGAACGAACAAGCCGACGUAGAAACGACGCUUAACAAUGCCGUCGUCAAAAUCUUCUACAGAACGUACGGUCAUGGUCCUACCAAAGCUCUUCUCAUCAUAGGUUUAGCCGGAACCCAUGAUUCCUGGGGACCUCAAAUCAAGGGACUUACGGGGACGGAUAAACCCAACGACGACGACGGAAUCGCCUCCGAUGAUUCAGAAAUCGGCGAAGGCAUCGAGGUCUGCGCUUUCGACAACCGUGGCAUGGGUCGGAGCUCCGUGCCUACCCACAAAUCCGAGUACACAACAACGAUAAUGGCAAAGGAUUCGAUUAGCUUGUUGGAUCAUUUAGGAUGGGAGAGAGCUCACAUAAUUGGUCAUUCUAUGGGAGCAAUGAUAGCUUGCAAGUUAGCUGCAAUGCUUGACCGGUUAACGCUUUCCAUUGCGGUACGCUUUUGGAUGGCAAAGACUCCUAAACAAAGGGCAAAAGUUGAUCUGGACACACAUUAUUCACAGGAUUACCUAGAAGAACGCAUAGGAACUGACAAAAGACGGGAUGUCUUAUAUCAGCAAUAUGUAAAAGGAAUAUCAGAAACUGGGAUGCAGUCCAAACACGGGUUUGAUGGCCAGCUUAAUGCUUGUUGGUUACACAAAAUCACAAAACCAGAGAUCGAACAGAUCCGCUCUGGUGGAUUUCUUGUCUCAGUCAUUCACGGAAGACAUGAUGUCAUUGCUCAGAUAUGUUACGCAAGAAGACUGGCACAGAGGCUAUAUCCUGUCGCUAGAAUGGUGGAUCUUCAUGGAGGCCAUCUUGUAAGCCACGAGAGAACAGAAGAGGUUAAUAAAGCUCUUCUCGACUUAAUUAAGGCGUCAGAAAUGAAGAAAACACCAACUGAUUGGACUAACCUCACCAUGGAAGAUCCAGGUUAUUUGGAGAGGAGAAUAGCAUUCAUUAGAACCUCGUCAGAAGGCAAGAACGCAGUCUCACCUUCAUAUUUCAUUGUGGAUAAGUUCCAUCGCUGUCUACUUUUCCUCUUUGGGCUUCUGGUUUUGGCGUUCGAGUAUGCAAGAAGAGCCUUCAGGGUCGUUAAACCUGUCAAAGUUGGGCCUUCUCUUACAUAA